GGAUCCUAAGAGGACUGACCGCUCGCUUACACUCACACCAACGACGACUCUUUCAAAUUCGCCAAAAUCUUCUCCUUUCUCUCACUGCAAUCCAUGGCUACCAGAAGCUACAACCGCCGCCGACCGUCCGCCGCCGGCGGUGCCGUGAAGACGCCAAUGAGGAAGCCGGUGUUCGUGAAGGUGGAUCAGUUGCAGCCCGGAACUACCGGCCAUAACCUCACCGUCAAGGUUUUGAACUGCAACACAGUGCUGGAGAAGAAGCCGACGAAUACGGCGCCGUUAGCGGGUCCCCGUCGCCCUCCCCAGAACACUCGCAUCGCGGAGUGUCUCAUCGGAGACGAAACUGGGACUAUCCUCUUCACUGCCCGUAACGACCAAGUUGAAUUGAUGAAACCAGAAACCACUGUAAUUCUUCGCAACGCCAAGAUCGACAUGUUUAAGGGGUCUAUGAGGCUAGCCGUGGACAAAUGGGGUCGAAUUGAGGUAACUGAGCCUGCAGAUUUCACGGUCAAAGAAGACAACAAUCUAUCACUGGUCGAGUACGAGUUGGUGAAUGUUGAAGAAUAGUGUUAUGUCCCUUUCGCCUCUUUUGUCUACUGGGUGAAGUUCCAAUUCUGGUUUUUGGGUUGGUUGAUUAUUUAAGAAGUGCGUUCUUCCUCUGUUAUCUAUUAAAGAUGAUAUCAGGUAAAAAAAUGUAUCUGGCUACUGGUGUUUUGUGAAUGUUGAAGAAAGGGUGGAAGUGCAUUUUACCACUUUUAUCUAUUAGGAUUUAGGAGAGGGUGUUGGGUAAAAUUCAGUGUUGGGUCUUGGGGUUUGGUAUAGUAUUCAGUUAUGGUAUUUGUUUUGUGAAGACUCCACUGUUACUAGGACUAAUCUAAUCUAAGUUUGAUUAAUUGGUAUGUAAAAGAGAUUUGACUUUAAUCAUGUGAGAAUUUGUGUACAUCUUUUCUUUCA